ACAUCGAAAUAUGAUACACUAUCACGAGACUGUGUUAUUAGUGAGUUUAUCACCAAAACGCCAAAGUCUAAAGAGAAGCUACCGGAUUUAUACUUAUUAGUAGCCGCGAUUUCUCCAUGGACAAUCCACAGCGUACGAUUGCCUAUAUACGCAUCGCUUAUUUGAAGUUGUGAAAUCUCUACCCAAAUAGGACCAGCAACAUGGUAUACAUGAAAACUAAUUAUUAAACACUACACACCUCGUAUUCAGUUUUGUCCAAACAUACUACUUCCGGUGUAUGCGAGUGCUCGGCGCAAAGGGGCAAUGAUGGAGUACGAACGGAGCCAGCCUGAAAAGGGUUAUUCGGAUAAAUCGACGGUCCAUGACGAUGUAAAGGAAUACUAUGGUAAACUACUUAAGAAAACUGAAGACCUUAAGAGUAAUGCGUGCAUGACUGUGGCUAAACCAGUGACGUCGGAUAUCCGUAAAGCUUUGGAAGAGGUGCAUCCAGAUGUGAGUGACAGGUACUAUGGGUGCGGACUGGCUGUCCCAGAAUCCAUCGAAGGCUGCCGGGUGUUGGAUCUGGGCUGUGGUAGCGGACGGGAUUGCUACAUGCUGAGCAGGCUGGUGGGAGAGAGGGGCUUUGUCACAGGCAUUGACAUGACCGACGAGCAGUUACAAGUGGCUAGAAAAUACAUUGAAUAUCACGCACAGAGGUUUGGUUAUAGAAAGCCGAACACAGAAUUUGUCCAAGGAUACAUUGAGGACUUAGAGGAUGCUGGACUGAAGGAAGGCUUCUAUGAUAUUAUAAUAUCAAACUGUGUAGUGAAUUUGUCUCCAGACAAGACCAGCGUCCUGAAACAAGCUCACCGUGUCUUAAAGGAUGGCGGGGAGUUGUAUUUCAGUGAUAUCUACUGCAACAAGGACCUUCCAGCAGAGAUCAGGACUCACAAAGUCUUGUGGGGCGAGUGCAUCGGGGGGGCGCUGUGUUGGGAGGACCUGAUGCGGCUGGCUGGAGAAGUGGGCUUCAGCACCCCCCGGCUGGUGACUGCCACUGCUGUGACCGUGGGCAAUGAGGAGCUAGAGAACCUUCUGGGCGAAUACAAGUUUGUCUCUGCAACGUAUCGCCUCUUCAAGAUCCCGAGAAGUGCUCCACACACAGGGUGUCUCGUCAUAUACAACGGGAACAUCACUGGUUUGGAGGAUUCCCUGAAUUUUGAUGCCUACCAUACAUUUAAGGUGAAUGCAGUGGUUCCCGUUGAUGGAGAGCUGGCCAGCAUCUUGAAGACAUCUAGGUUUGCUGAAGAGUUUAGCUUCCAGCAUUGCUUGGCAGAUCAGCCUAGCUCUUCAUGCGUGGGCCCAAAGUGGAAACCCAACUCCUGACAUUUAUAUAUAUAUAUAUAUAUAUAUAUAUAUGUAUAUAUAACUAGCAGUGACCUCCAACCGAGGAGUACCGCCGGAUGAAGAGGCGAAGGUCAAACAGCUGUCUACCCUAAACGUAUAAAGAGGCCAGCAGUUUGGGAACCUUGAAUAAAAGGAGAAAAUGUUCUCCAUUCAGACACUGGAAUGCUGACUUAUCAGUUUGCAUGGCCUUUGGAAGCAGUACAAUCAGAAAGGAGAUAAGUCUGCAAGAUACAGUCCUGCAUAAUGCAUUUAAUUAUAAACUAGUGUAGAUUGGUGAAAAUACACUGCCGAACCGCUUUCUACGAAGAGUAUAAGUGUCCUGCAGUGUGGGUAACAGCUCCUGCUGUUUGUUUAUUUGCACAGUGGACAGUUCAUCAGAAUGACUUGUAUGAAUCAUGAUUUUUGCCUUUUAUAACAGUUUUCCCCAACCCAUCCACAUUUUGCACAUUUUCACUGUUACUGGGUUCCUGAGGAUCAGAUUGGGAAACAUUGUUUUGUAGUUUAGUUAAAACCAUCGUCCUCAGUAGUGCAGUUCCUCAGAGAAUAUAAGUAUAAUAUUAUAAAUAUAAGUCUGUGUGUAUGUGUUGUUCUGUAUGGCUUACAGCUUGUUCUCUUAGCUGUGGGCACUGGAGGGACCCAGCUUGGUCGGUCUAGCUGACAUGGAUCUCCCUCUUGUGGACAAACCGUGAAGUGCUUUAACAUUAGUUUUGAUGAACAGCGAUUUCUAAUUUUGUCGCAGCCAGAUAAAUAGGAAAUGUUUAUUUAUUUGUAUUAAUCUCAAAACUAUGUGCAUUUGUGGACUCCUUCUUUAACAGCGUCGGCUUACAUUCUAGCAUCGAACCACAGCAUCCUUAAUCUAGGCUCUCCCUCCGCUAUACGUCUGUAAGGCUCCCUCUCGUCCCAGUUUAUCCUCCUGUUUUGUAUUCCUGUUAUGGUUUCUCCUGAGUACGCUAAGCUGGCAGGCUGGCAGCCCCCCCCCCCCCCCCUAUUUGUACCCCCGUCCAUAAGCAGCAAGCCCACUCACACAGCCUGUACCGCUGGUCAGAUACUUGUCCUUAUUGGUACACUGAGAUGUCUCGUCGUACGCCCCGCACUGGGCGUCCGACUGCCCCACUCCCGUGCACAGCUCUGAUUUGUCCUUUGUGAGCUCUCAUGUGCCAGUUGACUAAUUGUCCCAGAUUUGGCAGCAGACCGUAAAUGGACAUUUUUCCAUGGUGAUACAUGGCCCUGAAUCAGUCUGGCCCUUCCAUGGGAAACAGGGAUUACAGACAAACCAACAGGAAAUGUAUCAGGUUUAAAACUUGACUAAUGAGUAUUUAAAAUAUAUUGUACAAUAUACUUGUCAAGGGGCGGCAUGGUGGUGCAGUGGUUAGUACUGUUGCCUCACACCUCUGGGACCUGGGUUCGAGUCUCCGCCUGGGUAACACGUGUGUGGAGUUUGCAUGUUCUCCCCAUGUCGUCGUGGGGUUUCCUCCGGGUACUCCGGUUUCCCCCCACAGUCCAAAAACAUGCUGAGGCUAAUUGGAGUUGCUGAAUUGCCCAUAGGUGUGUAUGUGUGUGUGAAUGUGCCCUGUGAUGGGCUGGCCCCCCAUCCUGGGUUGUUCCCUGCCUCGUGUCCAUUGCUUCCGGACCCCCCGCGACCCAGUAGGAUAAGCGGUUUGGAAGAUGGAUGGAUGGAUAUACUUGUCAACUCAGGAAAUUCUAUAAUUUAAUAUAUAAAUUUUCAUUCAGUAACUAGUUUUUUUUCACAACCCAUCAGUUAGGGCAUGUACUUAAGUAUUAAUGUAAUGUACAAAAUGUGUUAAAACAAAAUUGU